AUGAUAAAAUUUGCAGUAGGAAUUAUAUGCUACUACAUUGUGUACUGCUCAUAUCAUGUGUAUAAAAAUGUGAGGACCCCCGUGUAUGAACAUUCAAGGGGUCGGGACAAAAAUGGAAAGGAGCAAGCAGGACUAGACAUAAGUGAGAAAUAUAUUCAUAGAGCAUUCUCAAAUUUUUUCAAACACAAAGACAAAGUGGAUUAUCACCUGUACAUGUCAUGUGAAGAAUAUAUUGACUUGAACAGAUACGUACGUGAGAAAGAAACAUUUUUGGAAGACAAUGAAAAUUUUAUUAACGUUCAUAAUUUUAACAACGUUUCUUAUGACUGGACUUAUAAUAAUUCUCGAGAGGGAGAAACCAAGUGGUGGAAUCCCCUGGCCUUGAAAAAAUAUCCUUCCGCAAAGCUAACCAUCCCAAGCAAUCUCAUAAAAAAGAAUAAAGAAAUUUACCUGCACAUACUUACCUACGUGAAUGGAGAAUUGUACAGACAUGGGUAUGUCACGAGACUACUCACGAGGGAGAAACGCGAGGGGAAGAAGUGGACCUCCAAGGAGAAGUACCUCUGGGAGCGCUUCCUAGAAGAGCAGGACGACAAUGACCAAGUCGAGGAGGAGCAAGAAGAGGAAGAGGAGGAAGAAGAAUACGCAGAUGACCAGGUGGAGGAGCCGAACAACGACAACUACAACGAUCAGUACAACGAGGAGAAUGUCAAGGAGCACGCGGAAGACGCAGAAGAAAAUGAGGACCAGACACAAACAGAUGACGCGGCAGACGAUAGGAAAAAGAAGAGCCCAAGCAGAGAGACCCCGCAAGGCAGGACAGACGAAAUGACUGAUAACUGCCUGCACGUGUUCAACUUAACAAAGAACGUAAGCGAAGAUCACCUGAAGGAAAUUUUUAUGAACUUUGGUAACUUAAAAGAUAUUCACAUUUCGCUCGAUGAGGAAAAUGUAAGUAGGACCAACGGAGGGGGGAAUUUCAUAAGCGCCACAAUAAAAUUUGAAAAUGAAAUGGAUGCGAGAGUUGCAAAGGAAUAUAUGAAUGGUGGACAGAUCGAUGGCAAAACGGUUUCCAUAAAAUAUGUGCAUGAGGGAAAGAGCAAGGGGAAGCAUAAACAUACAAGUAGGGAGCACAGUAUUAAGAGGGAGCAUAAGGACAGGACUGGCGGUGACAAAAAGAAACGCCUCAAAGAUGGCCGCAGGUCCAGCUCAUCCCCUUCGGGCGUAUCGGAGUAUUCCAGCAGGAGGUCCUCCAGUACAGAGGAGCGCCGGAAGACCAAGAGUACCCGGAGAAGGUGA